AUGUCUAAUAUAAUGGAUACGAAUGAGGUUAUAAUAGAAAAGAUAAUAGCAAAUGGAGGUACAAUUGAUGAAUUUAAGGAACAUACGUCAAAAAUUGAAGAAAACAACGAUGUACCAAGCACUAUUGAAAACUUUUCAUUGCUAUGCAAGGAAAAUAUACAAAAUAAUGUUGAUAAAGUAAGUCAAAUUACAGAUGAUUGUGAAGUAAUUUUAAGUGAUGAGAAUGUUGAAACUAAAGAAAAUUGCAAUAAAAAAGAUAAUACCAAUCAUUUGUUAUUUGAAAAGUUAAAACAGAAAGAUGAUGUUCAUAUUGUGCAUGAAGAAAAUGUGGUUUCAGCAGUUCAAAAAAAUGAUAAAAUGUCUUCUCUCGUUAGUAUUGCUGUAGAAUAUGGUAAUUCUGAUUCAGAAACAGAAGAUAAUUCUAAUCAAAAUGAAUGUGACAAUAAACAAAGUAAACAGUUGCAAGGAGUACAUAUGCAAACUUAUAGACAAAAUAUAGAAGCAUCAGUAAGUGAAGAAAGUGAUAGUGAAGAUGAUUUUACUAGUAGCAGUGACUCUUCAAUAAUAUCUCAGCCAAAUGAAUCAGACAGUGAUGAUAGUUCAAAUAAAAGAAGCAAAGGAAAUAAAUUAAGGGAGCAAAAGAAUAAUGAAAUAAAAAAUGAAUUAGAUGAUUUACCUCCUAUUGAAGAUUUAAAAAUUAGUGUACCUGAGGUACUAUGUGAUCCAUUAGGCGAGGUUGCAUGGAUGGUUGAACAAUUAGUUGUUGUGAAACCAAAAUCUGGAAAACCAACAUUAAAUUUGGAUACAAUUUUAUUUGUUGAAAAAGGACAAAGAGCUUUAGGUAAAAUAUUUGAUGUUUUUGGGCAAGUAAGUGAACCUCACUAUUGUGUGCGAUUUAACAGCUCUGAACACAUAAAACAGUAUGAUGUUAAAGUAGGAAUGACUGUGUAUUAUUGUCCAAAUACAGAAUAUACCUCUUUAGUAUUUCUGCAUGAAUUAAUGAAGAUUAAGGGGAUUGAUGCAACAGCAGACGAACCUCCUGAAUUUUCAGAUGAUGAGGAAGAACGAGCUUAUUACGAAAAACUAAAAGCAAAACAAGCAAAUAAUAUCAAUGAAAUGGAUAUUCCGUCAAAACGAAAACGUACUUCAAAACCUACCACCGGUUGGCAAUCAAAUCAUCCAUGGAAUAGAACUACAAAGAAAUAUAGGAAAGGAUAUUAUCCACGGUCAGAUAGACAAUUUUGUUCUAUGCAAACAGAAAAUCAAACGCAAAAUAUAUGGUCACAUCCAUAUCAAAACAAUAGUGAACAAUAUGGACCUGGGGCAUACUCAAUGCAAGCUGUGCAAUAUAUGAAUCAUAAUGUUAAUAGUGUUAAACCAAACUUCUAUGGUCCACACAAUUAUUACAAUGAAGAUAGUAUGGCAACAUCUUCAAAUUCUAGAGGUUCUUUUAAUACAUGUCCAAGAGUUUCUCCAGGGUAUUUACCGUUUUACAAUUCACCUACAAAUUUAAGAUUUCAAAACGCAAAUAUGUCGUGGCAACCACACAUGCCGCAAGUUCCUGUGCGAAUGAAAAUACCAUGGUUACCCUUACCACCACCCCCUCCCCCACCAACAACUUUAUCAUCAGAUCCUCCACCAUCAACUUCAUCAUCAGAUCCUCCACCAUCAACUUCAUCAUCAGGAUCUCCACCACCAACUUAA